GGUUAAGUUGGCAGCGGUUUGGGGGAGAUCACGGGAGGAGCAGUUCUGUAGCCGCACGGAACUUACUGUCCAUCCUCGUGCCUUGUCCCGUGUGUUCUUAUCUGAGUCACCCAAGCGGGACAUGGGGGAGAGAGUGGGGGCACCAGUCUGAUCCACUGUCUGCACUCAGAGCGCUUGUGUCCGGAGCCGCAGGAAUCAGUCGCAAGUCGGUCGAGUUGUGAUCCAGAGCGCAAACUCCUGUGCCCCUUUAGAUCCGAGUGCCCCCGCCAUGCACAUAGUGCUCGAGUUCUUCCUGGUCACUUUCAGGGUCCUAUGGGCCUUCGUACUGGCCGCGGGCAAGUGGCUGCUGCGCCCCAAGGACAAGAGUGUGGCCGGUCAGGUGUGUCUGAUCACCGGGGCUGGCAGCGGCCUGGGACGUCUCUUUGCCCUGGAGUUUGCCCGGCGCCGUGCCCAGCUGGUCCUGUGGGACAUCAACUCCCAGAGUAACGAGGAGACGGCGGAGAUGGUGCGGAACAUUUACCGGGAACUGGAGGCGGAGGACUCGGCGCGGAGGGCCAACAGUUCUGCAGAGGAAGAAGUUCUGCCGUGCUGCAAUCUUCAAGUCUAUACAUAUACGUGUGAUGUAGGCAAGCGAGAGAGUGUUUAUUCAACUGCUGAGCGAGUCCGCCGGGAAGUUGGAGAUGUUUAUCUUCUGCUCAAUAAUGCCGGGGUGGUCUCUGGGCACCACCUUCUCGAGUGUCCCGACGAGCUUAUUGAGAGGACUAUGAUGGUGAACUGCCAUGCGCACUUCUGGACCACAAAAGCGUUCCUUCCAAAAAUGAUGGAGCUGAAUCACGGACACAUUGUCUCUGUUGCCAGUUCAUUGGGUUUAUUCAGCACGGCAGGAGUCGAGGAUUAUUGUGCUAGCAAAUUUGGUGUUGUUGGUUUUCACGAGUCUCUUAGCCACGAGAUAAAAGCUUCAGACAAAGACGGCAUAAAAACCACAUUGGUUUGCCCCUACCUGGUGGAUACUGGCAUGUUCCGCGGGUGCAGAAUAAGGAAAGAAAUUGAGCCAUUCCUACCACCCCUGAAACCAGAUUACUGCGUGAAGCAGGCCAUGAGAGCCAUCCUUACAGACCAGCCUAUGAUCUGUACACCCCGACUCAUGUACAUAGUUACAUGUAUGAAAAGCAUCCUGCCAUUUGAAGCUGUGGUCUGCAUGUACCGGUUCCUGGGAGCGGACAAGUGCAUGUACCCUUUUAUUGCUCAAAGGAAACAGGCCACAAACAACAAUGAAGCAAAAAAUGGAAUUUAACAUUUACUUGUAUUUAGUAUUGAUUCCCUCCCCCCCCCUCCUUUUUUUUUAUGUUCUAAAAUUUAAUUGGUUGACAGCUGAACUUUAUAAUUGUCAGUCCGACUGGAUUGGGAGAGGCACUUGUUCAUGAGCACCAUUCCACUUUCUGCAUUGUGCGGACUGAACGUAAUGCACACGUGGUUAUUCUCCCCUCAACUUUUUUUUAUACACUGUUGACUAGUACUUGUAAAAAAAAAAAAUGUGACCAGUAAAUAUAUAUGAAGCUUAAAUGUAGCAAUAAUUUUUUGUCUGUAGCACUAAUAUACAGGCAGUAAACCCUUCAAAACCAUUUUUUUUUUUCUUCAAUGCACUGUUACACUAAUAUGUAUUAUGUAAAAGGAUAAAUAAAAAUUAGAAGUAACACUAUAGUCCCACCUAAAGGUUUUUGAAUGGAAAGUCUACAUUUCUAAGGAAGAAAAACUGAAUCUCCAACCCUGGUACUUGCUUGGCCUGUAUAGAAUGGAUUCAGUGUUAACACCUCCUCUGAAAUUGGAAGGGGUUGUAUCUUAUUCCUUAUUGUCACCCCUACUCUUAUUUCCGCAUGCACAUUGUUGCAUGGUUCUCCAGCCUUCAGAGCAAUUGGAAGAGAUCCCGGCUGCUUUCUGUUGGUGGACUCUGGGGGGAAAUAAAAGCAAAAAGGAAUCUCCUGUGAUCUGAUUUCAACGGAUGCUCUUGAGGGGGGGUAUUGCUCUAUUUGUACAUGUGACAAGUUGUAAAGAUAAUUUUGUGUGUUGUAGAAUGACAUCACUUUUUUGUUUUGUACAAAAAAAAUAUUUUACAGUUGUGCCUUGAAUUUAGCAACUAGUUAGUAACCAUUGUAAACUGAAUUUCUACCUCUGUAUCUAAAUGUAUACCAUUCUCUUGUAAAUGACUAUAAAGCUUUUUGUGAUUUUUA